AUGAAACCACAGGGUUCUGCUCCACCCUCACCACAGAGGACAGGACCACCCAUGAAGGGUGAGUCCAAGAGACCUCCAAUGCUCACCAAACAGAAGAGCAUAGCUGAUACAGGGAAAAUAGGGACACCACCAGUAACUCCGCAUUUGAGAUCUCCUGGUCCAUUGAGUCCAAAUGCUCCUCUAAGUCCAAAAGGCCCAUUUGGGUCCCAGCCAGGAUCACAGCCAGGGUCCCAGCCAGGAUCUCCUGGGCCGAAACUUGGAUCUCCAAAAAUAGACCCGAAAACUGGACGUCCCAUGCAGCAACAACAGGGAUCUCCCGCCAGAUCGGCUCCCCCACCUAAGCAAGAUACAGGCUUUUUUGGAGGCUUUGGAUUGGGAGGGUUGACAGACAUGCCAAAAUCCCCUGCUUCUGCCAGCCAAGCUGCAGAGUCAGUCACAGGGAAGCUGUUUGGUGGCUUUGGAGGCACUAAACCCCAGGCUUCUUCCACUCAGCCCACAGGAGGGUUGUUUGGAGGAUUAGGUAGCCUUGCAGACGCAGCCAAACCCCCAGCCAAACCCCAAGCUGAUGCUGUUUCAGGUAAAGUGUUUGGGUUUGGUUCCUCUCUUCUGAGCUCAGCCACCAAUCUCAUCUCCUCCAACCCAGAGGAUGAAAAUGCAGAAUCACCACCAGGUUCACCCCCAGAUUCACCACCAGGUUCACCCCCAGAUUCCCCUAUAGACUCUGGUGCAGAUUCACCACCUGGGACUCCCCCAGACUCUGGCUCAGAAUCCCCUCCUGACACUCCACCUCCAUCUUCUAAAAGCCCUAAACCGUCUGAUGAGGCCCCAACUGCAGAUCUUAUUGUGGAGCCUAAGGAAACCCCACCAGCCUCAGUCCCUGCACAGGAGACACCCUCCAGCUGUCCUUUGUGUAAGACACAACUGAACAUGGGGUCAGAGGAUACACCUAAUUACAGCAACUGCACGGAAUGCAAGAAGACUGUGUGCAACUUAUGUGGGUUCAACCCAAUGCCCCAUCUUGGAGAGAAUGAAUGGCUCUGCUUGAACUGCCAGACACAAAGAGCUCUUUCAGGACAACUGGGUGAUAUGUCUCCUUCACCUAAGACCUCUCCAGCCAAGCAGAAACCAGAACCUACAUCUAGCGCUGUCCCUACUCCUGCUUCCCCUAUUUCAGAAGCUCCUCUUUCCCCUCCAUCUAAAGCUCCUGUUGCCUCUGCUGAAUCUAGUAUUGAUCAUGCUCAGGCCAAGCAGCCUCAAUUAAGCUCAGAUAAAACAGUGGAUCAUACGCAAACAGCACAGGCAGCAGAAGCCACAGCAAUAGAAGACCCUGUGUCAGAGAACAAAACAGAGGUACUUGAACUAAACAUGGCCCAGACACCUGACAUUUCAGAGAAGGCUGGAACACAUGAUCUAACACAACAGUCGAACAUAACAGAUACACCAGCAUAUUCCACUGAAAGUUUAAUGGAUGUUGAGGUAGUUAAGGCAAAAGUGGAGGAAAGUGUUGAACAUUCUCCCUCAGAUGAACAGAAAUGUGAAAUCAAGAACACUGGUGAAGAGCAGACAGCAGUUGUAGAGAGUGAAUCAGUUCCUUUGGAAGAGCAGAGCACAGAAACUCAAGAACAAGAGGCAAACAUUGAAGAAAGUUUAGACAAUGUCAGUUCUUCCUGUGAUGAACAGAAGCUCGAAGCCAUACAUACUGAUGAAAAACAGAUUCUAGAAAGUGAGUCAGGAUCCUUGGUAGAGCAGAGCAUAGAUUCCAAAGAGCUAAAGGCAAACAUCGAAGAAGGUGUAGACCACUGUGAUUCUCCUUCUGCUGAACAGAAGCCUGAACACAUAGAUACUGGUGAAAAACAGAUUGCAACUAUGGAAAGUGAGUCAAUUUCUAUGGUAGACAUAAAAUCUAAAGAACCAGAGGCAAAAACUGAAGAAAAUGUUGACAAUUCCAGUUUUCCCUCUGAUGAACAGAAGAUCGAAGGCAUAAAUACUGGUGAAAAGAUAUCAACUGCAGAAUGUGAAUCUCUUCCCUUAAUAGAGAAAAGCAUAGACUCCAAAGAACCAGAGACAAUAAUUGAAGAAAGUGUAGACAAUUCAAACUCUCCCUCUCAUGAAAAGAAGCUUGAAGGCAUACAUGCUAAUGAAGAACAGAUGGCAACUGCAGAAAGUAAAUCUCUUCCCUUGGUAGAGCAGAGUAUAGACUCCAAAGAACCAGAGACAAAAGUCGAAAAAAGUGAAGACAAUUUAAAAUCUCCAUCUGAUGAUCAGAGGCCCAAAAGCAUAAAUACUGGUGAAACCCAGACAUCAAUUGUAGAAAGUGAGACCAUUUCCGAAGAAGAACAGCACAUUAAAUCUAAAGAAUCGGAAGAAAAAAUUAAAGACAGUGUAGACAGUUCCAGUUCUCCAUCUGAUGAACAGCAGCAUAAAGAUAUAAAGACCAGUGAAAAACAGUCAGCUGUAGAAAAUGAAUCCAUUUCCCUGUUAGAGCAGACCAUUAAAUCCAAAGAACCAGAGGCAAAAAUGGAAGAAAAUGUGAACAAGUCCACCUCUCCCUCUGAUGAUGAGAAGACUGAAAGCAGAAAUGCUGGUGAAAAACAGACAUUAGCAGUCACAAGUGAGGCAGUUCCCCCUGUAGAACAUAAAAUAGAAGCUAAAGAACCAGGGGCAGAAAUUGAAGAAAAUUUAGGCAAUUCCAGUUCUACCUCCGGUGAACAGAAACCGGAGAGCAUAGAUAGUGGUGAAAAACAGACAGCAACUGUAGAAAGCGAGUCAGUUUCCCAAGUAGAACAGAGCAAAAAAUCUAAUGAACCAGAAGGAAAAGAUGAAGAAAGUGUAGACACUUCCACCUUUCCCUCUGAUGAUCAGAAGCCUGAAUGCAUAAAUACUGGUGGAAAACAGACAUCUGUAGAAAGUGAAUCAGUUCCCCUGGUCGAGCAUAUCAUAGAGGCUAAACAGCCAGAGGUAAAGAUUGAAGAAAAAGUGGGAAAUUCCAUUUCUCCCUGUGAUGAACACAAGCCUGAAAGCAUAGAUGCUGGUGAAAUACAGUCAGCACCUCUUGAAAGUGAAUCAGUUUGCCUGGUAGAACAGAGCAUAAAAUCCAAAGAACCAGAGACAAAAAUGGAAGAAAGUGUAGACAAUUCAAGUUCUCCCUCUGAUGAAAAGAACCUUGAAGGCAUAAGCACUGGUGAAAAACAGAUGGCAACUGUAGAGAGUGAUUCUGUUCCACUGAUAGAGCAGAGCAUAGAAUCCAAAGAACUAGAGUCAAAAAUGGAAGAAAGUGUAAACAACUCUACCUCUACCUCUGAUGAUCAGAAGCCCGAAAGCAUAAAUACUGAUGAAAAACAGACAUCAGCAGUAGAAAGUAAACCAGUUCCCUUGGUAGAACCUGACAUAGAAGCUAAAGAACCAGAGGCUAAAAUUGAAGAAAUUGUCAACCAUUCUGAUUCUCCCUCUGAUGAUCAGAAGCCCGAAAGCAUAACUACUGAUGAAAAACAGACAUCAGCAGUAGAAAGUAAACCAGUUCCCUUGGUAGAACCUGACAUAGAAGCUAAAGAACCAGAGGCUAAAAUUGAAGAAAUUGUCAACCAUUCUGAUUCUCCCUCUGAUGAUCAGAAGCCCGAAAGCAUGGAUACUGGUGAAAAACAGACAUCAGCAGAAGAAAGUAAACCAGUUCCCUUGGUAGAACCUGACAUAGAAGCUAAAGAACCAGAGGCUAAAAUUGAAGAAAUUGUCAACCAUUCUGAUUCUCCCUCUGAUGAUCAGAAGCUCGAAAGCAUAACUACUGAUGAAAAACAGACAUCAGCAGUAGAAAGUAAACCAGUUCCCUUGGUAGAACCUGAAAUGGAAGCUAAAGAACCAGAGGCUAAAAUUGAAGAAAUUGUCAACCAUUCUGAUCCUCCCUCUGAUGAUCAGAAGCCCGAAAGCAUGGAUACUGGUGAAAAACAGACAUCAGCAGAAGAAAGUAAACCAGUUCCCUUGGUAGAACCUGACAUAGAAGCUAAAGAACCAGAGGCUAAAAUUGAAGAAAUUGUCAACCAUUCUGAUUCUCCCUCUGAUGAUCAGAAGCUCGAAAGCAUAACUACUGAUGAAAAACAGACAUCAGCAGUAGAAAGUAAACCAGUUCCCUUGGUAGAACCUGAAAUGGAAGCUAAAGAACCAGAGGCUAAAAUUGAAGAAAUUGUCAACCAUUCUGAUUCUCCCUCUGAUGAUCAGAAGCCCGAAAGCAUAACUACUGAUGAAAAACAGACAUCAGCAGUAGAAAGUAAACCAGUUCCCUCGGUAGAACCUGACAUAGAAGCUAAAGAACCAGAGGCUAAAAUUGAAGAAAUUGUCAACCAUUCUAAUUCUCCCUCUGAUGAACAGAAGCCUGAGAGCAUAGAUACUGGUGAAACACAGAUGGCAACUGUGCAAAGUGCAUCUAUUUCUCUAGUAGAGCAGUGCAUAGAAUCCAAACAGCCCGUAGCAAACAGUAGCUUUCCACCUAAAAGCCCUGAUAUAGAGCUAGACUCCCUCAGCCCUGUAGCUAAUGAGCAGACAACGAACAAAGAUUUAGCAGAGGAAAAGACUCCAUCUGAAUCACAUGAGUCAGAGCUAAAGUCAAGAGAUGAGGAUAAACUUGGACACAUCACUAUAAACACUGAAGUAACUAGCCAACCUAAAGAGAAGGAAACCCACAAAGAACAUGAAGAUGAGGCUGUGGUGACACAAGAGAGAGUGACAAGUCCCUCUGAUCUAGCUAAGCUGGAGAGUACAGUUCUACCUAUAUUAGAGGCUCAGUCAACCACAGCUGCAAAUGAUCAUUUGGAUAAAUCAAAUGAAAUGGUCAAAGGUAGGCGUAGACUACAAGUGUUGCCAAUGUCACCUGAACCGAGUUCAGAGGAAGACGGCCAAGGAGAACCACAUGAGAAGGAGGAUACCACUGUGACAGCUGGCUCAAACACAGAGCGGAAAAAACUGUCUCUACCAACUGAACUACAAGAUUCAUUUGAGGAUAGCAGUGAGAGUGAGCAUAUAUCCCUCCCAAAGAAAGUGGCAGAUGUUGGUGAAAAAGAUCCAUCAGACAGCCCUAUGUCUAUUGAUAAAGAAGCGUUAAUUCAAGCCCAAACCACUGGUAUGAGAGCAGAUGUAACUGCAACACCAAGUCAUGAGGAAAGAGAUCAGGAGCAAAGAAGGGAACAAGAUGGAAAGGAGAAAAGUGAGUCAGGGAGAGGUAGGCGUCUUCUUAAAAAUAGCAGCAUUAGUCCAGAGGAUGACAGUGAUGCGAAGAACCUCACUUCUCUCGCUAAAUCCUCAGAAGAGGUUGCAACAGGUAUUAGGCACUUCAAAACCAUUGAGCUGAACAGCACCACUGCUGUUCGAUCAACAUUUGACGAUGGAGAGCCUGAAAGUCUAACAGACUCUCCUGAAGACCGCUCCAGAGGUGAGGGCUCCUCUAGUCUACAUGCUUCCAGCUUUACUCCAGGGACUUCACCUACCUCUCUGUCAUCUCUAGAUGAAGAUAGUGACAGCAGCAGUCCAAGUCAUACUAGGUCAAGUGGAGAAGGUAAACAGCACAGGAAGGCAAAGCACCGACAACCUGGCCAGAUGUUGCCAACUAUUGAAGACUCUUCAGAGGAGGAGGAACUUCGUGAGGAAGAAGACCUCCUCAGAGAACAAGAAAAGCAGAAGAGCUCUGGGAAAAAAUCAAAGAAAGAUAAAGAGGACAUACGAGCACAGAGGAGAAGGGAGCAUCCCAAAACACCCCCAAGCAAUCUCUCUCCCAUUGAAGAUGCCUCCCCAACAGAAGAAUUACGUCAAGAGGCAGAGAUGGAGGAGAUACGAAGAUCAUCUUGCUCAGAUUUCUCACCUAGUAUAGAAUCUGAGCCAGAAGGAUUUGAAGUUAACCCAGAAAAGAUUGCUGCAGUUCAAAAAGUAUAUCAACUUCCAACAUCUGUAUGCCUUUACUCUCCUACAGAUGAACAUCAUGGUGACGCUCUGUCAAAAGAAGGAACAGGGAAAAAAUCCCUGAAAAGUGCAGAUGAAGCCUAUGAAGAAAUUAUGUUAAAAGCCAAGUCCCCCAUUCAGGAGAGAGUGGAGUUACCACCUGGUAAGGAAUCUUUGUAUGGCAGUGUGUUGAUGGAGGAUUAUGCUGAUGAAUCUCUUGUUAAGGACAAAUGUGAUGAAGAAGAAAAGGGUAAAAUGUCAGUGCCAGAAAAGUCUAAACAGUUAAGAUCACCAGAUGAGGUCUAUGAGGAUAUGAUGCAGAAAAAGGAAAUGAUUAUAAAAGAACAGGACUUGAAACAGUCACAGCCAACAAAGGACAUAACACAACCAGAGAUAAUAUUACCACCUCCUGAAUGUCAUUCUGAUUUCAUUCCCACCAGUACCACUGUGUCUAUGGGCAAAGAUGGGAAACCACUAUUAGAUGCUGAAACUGCCUAUGAAGAACUUAUGAAGCGACAGAAAGCUGUAUUAACACCUGGAACCAGUCCAACACAGCCAUGUGCUGAUUCUGAAAACUCUAUGUUACACUUUGGGGCACCAGGGGAUACUACAGUGAUGGACACGGGUUCACAGAAACGACUCUACCCUAUACCAGACCUUAGGGUCAUUCAGUGCUCCUCCGGUGAAGAAGAACCGGAUGAGGACAGUGGUGCAGAUCACACACCUGAAACGGCUCCAAGUGCACCUGAGAUCUUAUCAGAAACUCCUAUAAAGACAGAACCCAAACCAAUUGUUUCCAAAGAACAAUAUGCUGUAGCAACAGCUUCAGAGAUAGACAUCCAUUCUGUCCCAUCAUCCGAAGAUACUACAUCCUCUAACCAUCGAGUAAUAUCCUCUGAGGUACCUGACAUUCACUCCUCAUUCAGAGAUUCCACAACAACAGAAAUAGACCAGGAUGGUGUGGUUGACUUAUCAAAAGCUUCUUUCUCUAGUCAGACAAACUUAGAUUCCACCUCCAUUGUCAGUGACGCCACAAAACCACCUCAUCCCAUUGUGGUGAGUGUAUCACCUUUACCAACUGUUCCCCAAUACAUUCCUUCUGCACCUAGCGUAGUAUCAACAGCUCCCCCUGUACCUCCCAAACCAGCAGUAUUGCGCCGUGAUAUGUCUCAGGAAACAACAGACAUUCCUAUGCCUCCGCCCUUGCCACCUCCAACACUGCCGAAGCCAACUAUAUAUCCCAAAAAGAUACCCCCUCAGGUUCUUCCACGUUGUACUCCAGUGGGUAUGACUUCUACAGGCCCCAGUCCUUUGGAAAAACAGUAUGGAGGUACAACACAUAAGCCACAUAUUCCACCACCUGUUCCUCCAAAGCCAUCCUCCAUCCCAGCAGGUCUCACUUUCACUCACAGACCUGGAGAAAGUGUCAAGCCUCCAAUAGCUCCCAAGCCAGUGACAAUUGUUCACCCACCUUCUCCUAUUCAUUCACCAGCUAGACCAACAGUUCUUACCACGGAGUCUGCAAACAUAGCUCUGAAUCUAAGUCCUUCUGUAGAUAGCAGGCCGGGAACAACAUCACCCAAGUCCCCUUCAUCCCCCAGGCACACCAAAACUUUACACGAAACAUAUGUAGUUAUAACACUGCCAUCACAGCCCAGCUCACCAGUAGAAGGCAUACAGUCUCAAGCCUCAGCAAGUUCUGGUUUUGCAUCUGCAACAAUGCAUCCUCAAGCAUCUCCUUAUCCACCACAGCAACAGAGCCAUACCCAGUCAGACCCACAACAUCGAACAACAAAAGUGCCACUUGCAUUUACUCGAAUCACUGAAUCAAUUGAAAGUCAAGAAAUUUGUGGGCCUGAGAAAGUGGUAUCAAGCAUGAGUCAUGUCUAUGAAGCCAUAUCAGCAUCAGCUCAACCACCAGUACCACUAGCUAAUGGUGUUGCACAAGUUGUGACCACAGAACUUCAAAGAACAACAGUGUCUGUUGUACAUGAAAGAGUACCAUCCAUGCCUACUCCAAACUCCUUUGGGGAUUCAUCCAGUCCAGAGAAUCUGAAAACCCAGCCUCAGAAUAGCCACAUAUAUCAUGCUGGUGAGGUUGUGGAUCUUCGUACCCCAAAAAUGGAUGCAGCUACAGCCGUGAAAGGUGUUGACCUGUCAUCAAUUGAGUCAAGACGACAAUCUGUGGCUACUGAAAGCAGUCCAAGACAGACAAGUGCAGUUCAGUCAUCUGUUAUCAAUCUCAGCACAGAACCCCCUGCCUCUGUGUCUGUUGUAUCAGACAACAUUACCAUUCUCACUUGCACGGCCACCAUUGCUUAUGGCAAUGAAGCAUCUCAGGCCACCUCAAUGCCUCUUCAGCUUACAACAGCCAAAUCAUUUGAGCCUGUUUCUCAAAUAAUCUACCGACCAGUAGAUGCCCAACCAGAGAAACCAAUCAAUCUGUCCACUAGUGUAGGGAAAGUUCAGAUGCCUCCUGUUACUGUUGCUCCCACCUUUGUAACAAGUGGUUUUGGUGCAAGUGUCCCUCCUCGCUUGGAAACUUGUGUAUCUGGAGCAGUAGAUCUCACUACAGCAAAGCCUGUUCAGACCAUUGUCUCUGUUGACAAAUCCACUGCAGAGGUCAUGACAGCUGUGAUAACUGAGGAGGAUGGAAAACCUGUAGAUCUGACAGCUGGCAGAAGAGCAGCGUGCUGUGAUGUUGUUUACAAGUUGCCAUUUGCAGGGAGUUGUACGACCCAGCAGCCCACUCCAUUGCCUGAAGACCGCUUUGGCUAUCGUGAUGACCAUUAUCAGUAUGAUCGCUCCCCUUAUGGAAUGAAAGGUUUCGCUGGUAUCAAGCCUUCGAUGUCAGACACCAAUUUAGCUGAGGCUGGGCUUUUUCUCUACAAGAGCAAAAACAGUUAUGAUUUCAAUGGUGCCAUAGAGGGGGCCGUUGAUCUUACUUCUGGAAAGAUAUCUGAAGCAGGUGAGGCAGUGGACUAUUCAAGCAGAGUCACAGGGGCAUAUUCUGGCAUGACAAUUCCACAGUUCUCCCAAACCAGAAUCACAUCUGCCACUGGAACGCCCUUUGUAGUCACAAGUGUUUUGAGAUCAUCCAAUGGUAUUGUCUAUUCCUCAGUGGCAGCCCCAAUCCCAUCUACUUAUGCAAUCACCACACAGCCUGGAUCAAUCUUCAGUGCAACAUACAAUACCUUGUCUGGAAUGCAUACAAGUGACACUAUGCCAUCAUUAUCAUCUCUUCAAAACCAACCUAUUACCAGGUCUCAGAGCUUUGUAUCCUCAUUGGCCACCACUACAGCAGAGGUACAAGAGCGACAGCCUCUAAACCUAGAGAUUGUUACGACAAAGGGUAUAAUUUCAUCUGCUCUCUCUGAGGUUACACCUACACUAGCCACAGUAGGUACCUUAGACUAUACUGAUGCAUCUUUGGAAGCGAUUGCUGCCUCCCUAGAGGCUUUAUCAUCUCCUAUGGUGCCUGGUGAUGGGCAGUACCAGAUGGAACGGGAGUUACUGGAACUGGAGAAAAUUAAGCAGCAUCGGCUGGCUGAAGAGCUGGAAUGGGAACGGCAAGAGAUUCAACGAUUUCGUGAACAGGAGCAGAUGAUUGUACAAAAGGAGCUAGAGGAACUUCAAGCAAUGAAACAACAUAUCCUUUGCCAGCAAGAAGAAGAAAGACAGGCCCACCUCAUGAUGCAAAAGGAGACCUAUGCCCAACAGCAACAACAACUAGAACAGAUCCAACGCUUGCAGGAGCAAUUAAGACAACAACUUGAGGAGCAAAAGUUAAGGCAGAUGUAUCCAGGAGAUGCAACAGAUACAGCCAGACAGGAGGCAUUGCUUAGUAUUGCGGAAAGCAGAAAGAUUAUGGAUAGUGGUGUCCAAACAGAUGAAGAGGACAAUAUUGAGCAAACAUACACGUCAGGGAGGAAGAAGAGGGGAGUGAAGAAAAGUGUAGAUAGCAGUGUCCAGACAGAUGAUGAGGACCAGGAUGAGUGGGAGGCCCCAGCUCGAGCUAGACGAAGUAGGCCUAGAGGAGUAAAGUACAGUACAGCAGAAUGUGGGGGACAGGUGUCAGUUCAGGCUCUCACAGAGAUUUCUGUGCAAACAGAUUCAGGUACUGGGAAGGGACAUUCAGUACAGGUUGAUGCAAGACUGGAGUACUCAGAUUCUGACAGAAGCUCCUCCCCACAGAGAGACAGGAGACGCCCAUCUCCCUUAGAGAUAGGACAAUCCUCCAAACUCAAAGUUGACUCCACUUCCCUUCAGGUGGUUUCUGUCCCUCCCAAAUCCCCCAAAGUCCUGUACUCUCCUAUAUCACCAUGUGUGUCCCCUAGCAAGUCCCUAGAGUUUGUGUCUUAUGAUAAAUCUUUAGGAGACACAAGUCCACAGAGAAUUCAUGCAGCUGCUGAUCAGCCUAUCAACUCUAGAACACCAAAGAUAAUGCAGAGGUCGAUGUCAGACCCUAAACCCAUGAGUCCAACUGGUGAGGAUAGAGCCACAGCGAUUUUCCAGCAUACAGAUGAUCAUACGGGUAAAUCAUCACCCAGUACCCCAUCUGGAACACAGAAGAAAGUAAAGAGAACUCUCCCCAACCCACCAUCAGAAGAGGAGACAGGCACCACUGGCCAGACAAACUAUAGUACUGCAUCUGCGCGGCGACGCCUCUGCAGAAGCACCAACAUGGCUCGUGCCAAAAUUCUGCAGGACAUUGAUAGGGAAUUGGACUUAGUGGAACGUGAAUCCUCCAAACUUCGUAAGAAGCAGGCAGAGUUGGAUGAGGAGGAGAAAGAGAUUGAUGCCAAACUCCGCUACUUGGAGAUGGGAAUCAACCGCAGGAAGGAUGCCCUCUUAAUAGAACGGGAGAAACGGGAGAGAGCAUAUCUGCAGAGUGUGGCUGAGGACAGGGAUUACAUGUCUGACAGUGAGGUCAGCAACAUCCGUGAGACACGCCGUGGAGGUGGUGUAGAGGAAGUAAGUGGGCAUGGAUUGGAAAGACCUCACACAGCCCCUCAAUCUGAAUUAGAACAGUUUGUCCCACCACAGACCAAACAAGAGGCUCAGUAUGGCAAGUACUCUCAGUACCAGUACCCACAACAGACCCUGUACCAGCAUUCUCUGUACCAGUCUCAACAACCAUAUCAGUCCCAAUCUAUCUAUUCCUCUGUGCCAUCCCUCACAGCUUCCCAACAGCAGAGUUAUCAUCAGAUGCUCUUACUGCAGCAGAAGGCUAGACAGCAGGCUGCUCUCCUUUCUGAAUUGGAUGCCACUAAGAUGGCCACCUAUGAUGUCAUUCGGAGUCAACCAGAUGCCUCCUCUUAUUUGGGUGGAAAAUACGGUAGCCAGUUGGACCUCCGCUCUUUAGAAGAGCGUGGAGGUAGUAUUGCUGGGAGUCCAAUGUCUAAUGUGUCAGCUGAUUCCUUCUACACAGAUGUGGAACACCAUCAAACCCCCAGGAGCUACUUACUUCUGGAGGAUGCUGCAGAGCUCACCAAAGCAUCCUCUGGCCUCUCUGACUCCACCUAUACUCUUGCAGAGAAAGAACUUGCUAAAGCAGAGCGUCUCCUAAGGCGAACUGCUGCAGAUGUGGGGACAGAUUACCUUGAAAGUUCUACAAGGCUUAAUGCCUAUGCAAAGACCCAGGAAGAUGAGGAUGCCAUGGAGGAACCUUAUGAGCUAAAGCUGCUGAAGCAACAACUGAAACAGGAGUUCCGAAGAAGCACUGCUGGAACAGAGAGCCUUGAGCAACUGGCUAGUCUCCCACACCACUACUACACCCCUAGUUCAGGUGUUUCCAGCAGUUCUUACAGACCAUUCUCCAAAACUGAAAAGUACAGUAUUAGCAGACUGACUCUAGAAAAGCAGGCUGCAAAGCAACUUCCAGCUGCCGUCCUCUAUCAGAAACAGAAACCCCCCUUGAUAGACCCUAAGCUUGGCAAGUACUCUUCCACUUUCCAGGAUACCAGAACACUUGACACAGACUACAGUACCUACCUUGGAUCUAGUGCUGCCUCCCCUAGGUCAAGCAGGCUAAUGCAGGAUGAAAUCACCUUUGGACUCCGCAAGAACAUUGCAGAGCAGCAGAAGUACCUAGGUUCUAAUAUGAGUAAUAAUCUUGCAGGGUCCCUCAAUGUGGGUCAGAGCCUUAACCUCAGCUCGGGUGUGCGGACCUCCUUAGGAGAGGAUUCGUCUUACCCCAGUGGCAGUAGAUCACGCCCAUCCUCUAGGCCAACUUCUGUCUAUGGCCUGGACUUAUCAAUCAAAAGAGAUAUCUCCAGCUCCUCUCUGAGGCUAAAAGCAGAAAGUGAGGCUUCAACUGAGACUUCAGCCUAUCAGACUCCUUCUGGCAGAACAAAGCCUACAAGUUUGCCAAUUGUUCCAGGUGGAAGAGGACGUAUUCCAAUUGUGGCCCAGAACUCGGAAGAGGAGAGCCCUCUGAGCCCUGUAGGCCAGCCAAUGGGCAUGGCGCGAGCAUCUGCAGGACCCCUCCCACCAAUAUCUGCUGACUCCCGGGACCAGUUUGGGUCUUGCCUCUCUUUGCAAGACUCCCAGCAGCAGCACAUGAGAGAUGAGCAGACAAGAGGUCGUGGUUAUGUGCUCAUGGAUGACCUACAAGGCAUGUCAGACAGUGAAGCAUACCAACUACAUCGGGAGGAAACAGAUUGGUUCAUGAAGCCUCAAGAUGGCCGCCACGAAAAUUGUCAUAGUCCAGACAGGAGACAGGUGAUCAUUCUGACACACACACACACACAGACACACACACAAUGAAAUGUGCACUGUAUUCUUUAGAUGAAAUCUAUGCACUUCGCAUUUCCUCAUGUGCGUGUCAAACUCCAGAGAGACCCUAAGGAUCGUAGUGUGUCAGGCAAUGGCUUAGGCAUACGUGUGGUGGGAGGUAAGGAGGUUCCUGGAAGUAAUGGAGAGAUUGGAGCGUAUGUUGCCAAAGUUCUACCUGGAGGUUCUGCAGAACAGACUGGAAAGAUUGUGGAGGGAAUGCAAGUGCUGGAGUGGAAUGGAAUUGUCCUGACAGGUAAAACCUAUGAGGAGGUGCAGGGUCUGGUGGGACAGCAGUGUGGAGAGGCUGAGUUAUGUGUCAGGUUGGACCUCAAUAUGUUAUCAGAUCCAGAGGGUUGCUCUCAGCACUUGGAACUUCAGGAUCCAUCCAAAGGUUGUGACAGACAGAGGUCUCCAGGUGUGGAUCCUAAGCAGCUGGCAGCAGAGCUGCAGAAGGUGUCCCAGCAGCAGACCCCUGUGCCAUCAGGCUCCUCUCUGUCUGUGGGAGAUAAAGGACCCCAGGCUGUCUCAGCCACAGCUUCCACUGGUUCAAGUGCCAUUCCGAGCCCAGGCCAGCCCAGUUCACCAUCCGUUAGCAAGAAGCGCCAUAGCAAGACUACAGAUGCAGCAAAAGUGCAGACGCAUCCUGUGACAGGAGAGAUUCAGCUCCAAAUAAACUAUGACAAACAACUGGGGAACUUAAUUGUCCAUGUUCUGCAAGCCCGAAACCUGUCCCCACGCGAUAACAAUGGCUACUCCGAUCCUUUUGUCAAAGUUUACCUGCUUCCAGGACGGGGUCAAGUCAUGGUUGUCCAAAAUGCCAGUGCUGAAAACAGAAGGAGAUCAAAGCAUGCCCAGAGGAGCUUGAACCCAGAGUGGAACCAAACUGUUAUCUAUAAGAACAUCCACCUAGAACAGCUCAGGAAGAAGACUUUGGAGGUGAGCGUGUGGGACUAUGACAAGUGCUCAUCCAAUGAUUUUCUUGGAGAGGUGCUGAUAGACCUGUCGAAUGCAGCACAGCUGGAUAAUGUGCCACGCUGGCUAGCGCUGAAGGAGCAGAGUGAUGGCGAGCACCAGCGGCGUUCUCACUCAGGCCAGGGCCGCCAACACUCCCCUAAGACCUCUGCACACGGCAGCCAGCCCUCGCCCAAGCACCAGGACUCACCCAAAUCAUCUGUUACCAAGAGCCGCAGUCAUGGAAUCUUCCCUGAUCCAGCUAAGGACACACAGAUGCCUACUAUUGAGAAAUCUCACAGUAGCCCGGGCACAUCCAAGCCAUCCCCAUCUGAGGGCCAAGCCCGUGCCCAUGGAUCCUCCCGCGCCUCAAGCAAAAGUGGUGCAGCCCGGAUGCACCCCGAAGACACUGUAGCACCAAGUGAAGCCACCACUCCACAACGGCGCCACCUUCAACCAACCCAAAAUGGCCGCCUCUCCUUGAGAUACCACAGGCACAGCGUAGUGGGCGUGCUCACCAUUCAGAGACCCCAGUCCGACUUCCCAGCCAAUGAGAGCAGGGAUGGCAGACACCUGACCCUCAGGAAAGCCAUGUCUGAAGAGAGGCCCCAGAUGGAUAGAGCAUCUCGUAGCCACAGAGGUUCCGAUGCACCAGUGACGGCUGCUUCACUGGACAGUGGUCUGAGUGGUAGUGCCUACAGCCUUCUGGAGGAGGACGGUGGAAGAAAUGCUGUGGACAGUGCCAUCUUUCAGGUUCCCCGAUUUGGAACGAUCACAAAUGGAACAGAUAGCAUGACAUCGUUGCAGGGACAUGGAGAGACUGAAGGCAAGACCCAUGUAAUGGGUGAAAUCAGGAUUGCUCUGAAGAAAGAAAUAAAAACUGAAGGAGAGAAUCUGGUCCUGGAGAUUCUGCAGUGCAGGAAUAUCACAUAUAAAUUUAAGUCUCCAGACCACCUACCAGAUCUGUAUGUGAAGUUGUAUGUGGUGAAUGUAGCCACUCAAAAAAGGAUCAUUAAGAAGAAGACGAGGGUCUGCCGCCAUGAUCGUGAACCAUCUUUCAACGAGACCUUCCGUUUCUGUAUGAAUCCUACAGGGCACUCGCUUCAGCUGUUCCUUGUGUCUAACGGAGGAAAGUUUGUGAAGAAGACUCUGAUAGGUGAAGCCUACGUGUGGCUGGAUAAGGUAGAUCUACGUAAACGUGUGGUGAGUUGGCACAAGUUAUUGGCCAGCUCUGCUCAAAUUCACUCUUAACAAGGGCCACCUUGGAGUGGAGAGCCACUGGGGAAUCUGCUGGAAGGACAACAAUGGAGUCUAUGACAUGCUCUCUGUAUUUGUUGGACAGUGGGCUUUUGUGACGGCUCUCUCAGCCAAUCUGCUGUUUACUCCUUUUUGUCUUAAAAUUUGCUUUCAGGUGUGUAGUGGGCAUUGGUUGUAAAACUAGAGAUGGGGUGCAUCAGCAAAUGGUUCGUUACGUUCUCUGUUUUUGCUGAAUUUAUAUUGAGUUUUGCUCAUUGCUUCUUUGGUGUUUAGACUUGAUUAUGGGAUAGCACCAAUUUCACAAAUGUAACCAAACUCCACAAACAAUCACAGUUGAAAUAGUGAGCUGUUGAGGUACAGCUGGCGGCUGUGGGUUUGAAAUAAGUGGAUUUGAGUGAGGAAAGGGUUACGCUUAUCAGGAUACGAUGCGUGAACACAAAUCCAUCUAAAUCCUGUAUGCAUGACAGAAUAGCAUAUGGCAUAUUAUAGGCCAUAAAAGCAUGACUGAAGACUACCACAUGGACACAUUGACUCACAUUCUGUCUCAUAUUCACAAACAUACAGUGGAAAGAAAAAGCAUGUGGAUGGUGGACCCCUUGGAAUGCCCUAGUUUUUCUGCAUUAAUUGGGCAUAGAAUGUGAUCUUAUCUUAAUCUUAAAUUACAAUAAUAGCCUAAUGUAAUGUG